CUUUGCUUCGUACGGGACCGAGCGAUAUCCAUACCUCAUUUUGAAGCGGUCUGUAGAGUUUCUUUUUGUCUUGGUAAUCAUUUGACGAAUCACAAGAGAGAGACAUAUUUGAGUCGGUUCGAAUUCACAUGGCCUUCGUUCUUUCACCUGGAGUGGCACCUCGCCGUUUCUCAGUUUCCGUGUCACCGCAAAAAAACACCAGAUUCGUUCUUGCGAACGCCCGGCAACCGGCCCGAAUGAGUGUUCAGGAGAAGGCAAUUGAAAAAGGUGGCGGAAUGAAGGUUAUCAAAGCUGCCGAUGAAAAUGUAAUCGCGGAACUUGGAUGCCGCUCAUGGGACAAGUGGGGGUGCGAACCGAGUACGUUCGACUGGACAUAUAGUGAUGACGAGAUUUGUCUCGUUCUUGAGGGAGAUUUCACAGUGAAACCGGCUGAUGGCAGCGACUCUAUGGAUGUUCAAGCUGGGGACAUUGCUUUUUUCCCGAAAGGAAUGUCAUGCGUUUGGGAGGUCCGUAAAGCUGUAGAUAAACAUUUCCUUUUCGGGAAAUCUCUCUAGGGCAGAGGUUACCCUUGGCAUCUGGUUUCGUCACGUGCGACAAUGGUUGCACUGCACUGCACCCCAUUCCUACUCUCAUUAUCAAGCAAAAGUAGAGCCUUAUUUGUGGACCCGAAGAGACCAGGGCGAAGGCCCAAAUGAUCUGCGGAGGCCCAGAAAAUGAAUUUUGGUUAUCCCUGAAUAUGAAUCAUGACCAGCCGAAGAUCCUUAGCAGGGCUUGUGGGCGGCGCUCUAUUUUCAUGUCAUUGCAUAUCCUCAAUGCGAAGGGCACUUCUUGUGAAAGGUAGACGUAGCACUCUCAGAUCCGGGCUUUCCUGACAUCUCGCCGUGAAUAGACACAUGGGAAUAAAACUAGGGUAUAUAGUUCCGUUGCUCACCUUGAA